AUAGGUUACAUAACGCUUCGUUGCGCUUUUAUGCUCUUGGAACAUGAGGUCGCAAAUAUCGAGUUCUUUUUUAAGACAUGGGCAUCUACCCAUACGAGAGGAUGAUUGCUCGUACGUUUGGCAAGUUUCCGCCGCGGAACGUUGUGAGUGGGUGAAGAACACUGAAGACUGCUAUUCAGACUCAAUGAUUCAGUACACGGUACUGUUAUUCUGCUACUUCAGAUCCGAAAACAUGGUACUGUUUAUUGGCGGCUUGGCCCUUGUACUUUUUUGGUUACUUUAUUUAUUCUUGAUCUUGGGGACUACAGCAGAUAAUUUUUUUUGUCCAGCAUUGGCAGUAAUAGCCAGUGUAAUGCAUCUAUCGGAUAGCAUAGCAGGGGUGACAAUAUUGGCAUUCGGAAACGGCGCGCCUGACAUCUUCACGUCCCUCGUGUCGAGAGGCGACGAAGCGAUAAUAAUGUUCACUGAAUUAAUCGGCGCAGGUGUCUUCGUGACCUCGAUGAUUGCCGGUUCCGUCGCGAUAACUAAACCCUUUAAAGUUUCGCUGAGGUCCCUUAUGAGGGACGCCUGUUUUUAUAUCGUUUCCGUGUGCUGGAUAAACUACGUGGUGUGGGAUGAGAUGGUUUACCUCUGGGAAGCCGUAAGUUUUAUUCUGGUCUACAUAUUGUUCAUUGUGGCGGUCGUGAUAAUGCAGGUAUACGACACCAGAGAGGAGACUCUGAAAACCAGAAUCCCAAGUGUGCCCGAUCCAGACGUCCUGCAUACUUACUUGGCGAACAGAGACACAGGCGCCAUUCCCAAGAUUCCCGGUAGAAGCCGACCUUUUGGCUUACAUGCCAAACUAGAUAUCGCAAUCGCUACAGAGUUAGAGAGAGCCAAGAUACGGAGUGGUUCCGUCCAGUUAAGCCCGGAAAUUAGUGACUAUGUUUCCGACCGACCGAAAGAUCUUUUCAGAGAAUUUUUGUAUGAUGUCAAUCCAAUCGGCAAAGAAGAUUGGGAGAAAUCGGGAAUAAUGUUUAAGAUCGUCUUGAUUAUACGUUCACCAUUCAUGUUACUGUUACAGCUGUUUAUACCGGUUGUAAAUCCUACCGUCGAAAAACAAGGCUGGUCAAAGCUACUAAACUGCUUCCAGUUAUGUGUAACACCUACGAUAGCGCUAUUUUUAUUAAAUGUUUGGCAAACGACUUUUGGCAAUUUGCCGCUGAUGCCGUUAUUCCUCGUUAUCGGUUCCAUAAUUGGUGUAAUUGUAUUUCUAACGACGCACGUGGAUCGUGUUCCAAAGUUUCAUAAUAUAUUUGCAUUUUUCGGAUUUUUGGCUGCUAUGUUGACAGUUUAUUUAGUGGCCGGAGAAGUCAUGGGGGUACUUCAAUGCAUAGGAUACGCAUGCAGUAUAUCUGACGCCAUGUUAGGAGUCACUUUUCUUGCAUGGGGAAACAGCAUCGGAGAUUUAAUAGCGAACGUCGCUAUCGCCAGACGGGGAUUUCCACGCAUGGGAUAUGCAGCUUGUUUCGGCGGGCCAAUGUUUAACACUCUACUGGGACUUGGGCUGACUUAUGGUAUCGCUGCAGCCACUGAUCCUGAACAACAGACCAAGAUUAGGAUCAGCGAUAUGGCACCCGGCUGCCUAGCUUUUCUCCUGUGUUCACUAGUAGCUACUAUAAUUUACCUGAACAUCACGGGAGCUACCGCACGUUACUCUUACGGCGGCCUCUUAUAUUCAAUCUACUUUGCUUUCAUUCUCAUACAAUUUUUAAGCGAAUUCCACGUUAUACAUCCACUUGGCACUGAUCACAGACCUGAUGUGUAA